CACUGGUUGGUGGCCGGCAUAGUGGAGUGCAGGAGGCGCGUCGACUGGUUCAGGGCAACAGCGAUAAUUUGGGCAGCUCAUGGAGGACUGGGACACUGUUGAUUAACGCAGGGGAACUAUAGGUUUUAUAGUUUCAUUGGAUUAGCAAUCUUAUUGUGAACAACGACCCAGCUGAAGACCAACUUGAGUAAUUGAACAUCUCACAUCGACAUGACUGAUGAAGACGAGACCAAGACAGGCUUAUGGGCCUUUAAAAAAGAGGAGAUGGAGACAGACCUGGGGCCCUUUAUAAAAGAGGAGCUAGACGAGUGGACAGUGGACCAAAGGUCCAGCCCGACAUAUCAGUUUUGUUUGUCAGAACCCUUUAGCCUCCCCUCCACGAAACUGGAAACAAAGGAGGAAAAGAUUCAUUUAGACGGCCUGGGCACAGAAAGAGCCCCCGAGAUCUCCAAGACCCCGUGCACCACGGAGACUCCAGCCCCUGCUGCCCGGGACUCACGGCCUGGGACCUCCAGGGGUCGCAAAGCUCUAAGAAUGUGUGCUGCUUGUGGCAAGGACACGUCGGUCCUUGGCCACUUUGUGCACAAAAACAAGAUAUUCUGCCAGUCCACAUCUGAUGGGGUCACCCUGGAAGAGUGGAUGCUGGACAAUGUGCCCAGGACCACCAGGUGGAGGUGGAAGGUCCAGCAGGAAAGCAUUGAUGCCGGGAUCACACUGCCCCGUAAAGAACACCACACCUGCAGCAUGUGCAACAAGAGGAUGACGAGGGAGACAGGUCACAGCAUCCACAAGCCCACACGUCAGGCCUUCUGCCAGGCCACUGACCCCUUUGGCAGGACAGUGGAGGAGUGGCUUACAGAGAUUCGUGGCGGGGUCUCCACAAAAGAUUUUAUGAAGACCAACCACAGAAAAAGACAAAUGCGGUACCGUCACAAACCAGAGGUGAGAGAGAGAGAGAAAAUAAAAAGGAGGGAGAGGUAUCUCAAAGACAAGAGGAGAAAGGAGCAUGAGAGGGAGGAGGAGAAGAAGAAAAAGAAAAAGUAG